AUGAAGGGAUAUCCAGCCCAAAUUGUAUUUGUCAGCGAGGAGCAUAAUUUUCAACUGAAUGAACCUCUACUAGAAAGCAUCCUCACGUCGAACAGAGUGAAGGACAAGAAAGUGAUGAUACUCUCAGUGGCCGGAGCUUUCAGAAAGGGCAAGUCAUUUUUGCUCGACUUCUUCAUUAGAUAUCUGUCACACGAUAUCUACAACCUCUCUCAAAACAUCCAGGAGGACGACUUGCACCACCUCCAGUUGUUCACUGAGUACGGGAGAGUGGCCAUGGAUGUCAGCGAGGUGAAGCCCUUCCAGUCUCUUCUGUUCCUCAUUCGGGACUGGGCAUAUCCCUACGAGGCAGACUAUGGCUACGAGGGAGGACUGACUAUUCUCAACCGACGACUUAAUGUUGGUCCAGUCUGACCAUCCAGAUAUCGGAGAGACAGCACAGGGAACUCCAGGAUGUCCGAAAGUUCAUUCGGGGUUGUUUUGAACACAUUCAAUGUCUGCUGAUGCCCCACCCAGGAAUUAAAGUGGCCUCGUCUCUCCACUUUGAUGGGCGGAUAAAAGACAUUGAACCGGAAUUUGUGCGGAUCCUUUCUGACAUGACCACCAAACUCCUCGAUGUCUCCAAUUUAGUGCCCAAGAAGGUGGACGGGAUUGAAAUCACUUGCAAGGAAUUAUUACAAUACUUCAAGGUAUUGGGGGCACGUCAAUUGAGGUGUACUUGAAAGUGUUUGAGGGGGACGACAUGCCUCACCCCAUGACCAUGUACGAGGCCACUGCGGAGGCCAACAAUCUCUCGGCCAUGCACAUUGGCAUCGACAUGUACAAGCAGGCCAUGGACAAUGUUACCAGCAUGUCGCAUUUCUAGAUUUGUGACAGCAGUAAGCCCUACAUCAACGAGAACG